GAAGCAAUUUUACAUUGAAUUCGAGAAGGAUUUUCUUCAAAAAUUAAAAUACAAAUUAUGAUAGUGGAUAUUUAUGACAAAGAAAGUCCAGAAAUGAAUGCAUAUUCAUGAAAUUACCAGUGAUUAUUGAUAUUCUGCAUAGUCAAAUUAUACAUAUUUUUACACAAAGUGUAUGCUGAAAACUGGUGAAUAUGGGGAUUUUAGGGACAAUUGGCUGGGGAAUAUUAUUAAGUUCCAGCACUAUUGUUUAUGGCACCUACUCCAUCCUUGUUCAUCUGUGUGAAGUAAAAGGAAAAGUUCCAUUCAAGUCUUCCUCUGUUGUACUGAUCAUUGAAGUAGGAAAAUUCCUGGUGUCUUGGAUACUGCUGUUAUGGCAGACAAAGGGAAGCCUGCCAAAAGACGUCACGUUUUUCUGUUUCCUUCAGUACUCCGUCCCAGGCUUAUUGUACAGCGUCAGUAACAACCUAUCCAUGAUGAUGCAGGUUUAUAUGGACCCCACCACAUUUCAGGUACUAAGCAAUCUUAAAAUAGGUAUAACAGCUUUGCUGUAUUGGAGUUUCCUUAGGAGGCCUCUGUCUCUACGUCAGUGGAUUGCUAUAGGAAUUUUAACAACAGCGGGAACCCUUGACAGCUAUGGAAGUUUUAAGUCCAAAGGGAAGGAAUUUUCUGAGCUAUACAUCACCAUUACAGGACUCGUUAUGAUAGGAAUCCAGUGUACCGUGUCAGGAAUGGCCUCGGUGUAUGCAGAGUAUAUACUUAAAAAACAAAAAGAGAUGUCCCUCCACUUUCAAAACAUUAUGCUGUACACUUGGUUAAUGAUCAUUAACACUUCCUUUUGGAUCUAUGAAGAAACAGUUGAUGAAGAAAAAGACAUCACCAAGAAGUUUCACAUAUUCAGAGGUUAUUCACUGGCCACUUGGAUGAUAGUUAUUACCCAGAUAUAUGUUGGCCUAGCGAUGUCUUUCAUCUUGAAACACGCCAGUAACAUAACCCGCCUGUUCGUGGUGUCUUCCUCUCUGAGCGUGACAACCAUUCUGUCUGUUCUAGUCUUCGGAUUACAUUUAAAUUCUUUCUUUUUCACAUCACUAGGAUUAUUGUUGUUAUCGCUAUAUCUCUUUCAUGGUGCCAAGUGAUUAUUGCUUGUUAUAUAAUAUGGUGUUAGAAAAAUUUAACAAAUGUUAGUAUAUUUUUAUUUUUUAAGUGGAAGUAUUAAUGGCUAUAACUUAAACAUUGUAUACCUAGAGUAAAUGUAUGUAGUCUCAUACUUGUUGGUUUUAGGGGGGUUUGCUAUACUUGCCAGACUUUUUGGUUUUAGGGGUUUUUUGCUAUACUUGCCAGACUUAUAUUGUCUAUUUGAAUUUUUUUAAAUUUUUAUUUUUAUUUUGAAAACUGUCAGCAUUUAUUAGUAUUUAUAGGAAUUUGUAUAAAUUUAUUUGAAAUGUAUGCCAAUUUUUAUGUGUAAAGUAUGUACAUGUAUGCAUAUUUUUUCAAUGAGAAGAAUAAUUUACUUGAUUAAUUUUUUUUAAUUGAGUUGUUCAAGUAAUUUCAAAUCAGAAAAAUGUUGGGGUUUUUUUUAUUUAAGUCCAAACAAACCAUACAGAAAGAUGAAGUAUGGAUUAAAAAUUUGAUACUUCUUAGAAAGUAAAAACCGAUGGUGAUACAGAUGUAAAUGUAUGUGAGAUUCUUUAUAUUGGCUGCAUUUCAUUUCCGUAAUUUUUAGCAAUUAUCAUUUCUGACAUUUUUUAGUUUUCAUUUCCGACAUUUUUUUGUUUUCAUUUCCAACAUUUUUCAGAUAGAACCUUUACUAACAGAUUUGAAGACAUGUCUGAUUACCUAUGAAAAAUUUAAAGGAAUACAAAUUAUAAAUAAAUAAUUGAAAUCCAGUAUCUGCGUUUUUGAAACAAUUGUGACAAUAGAAAAUGUAGGCAACUACCUGAAUUACAGUUUGAGAAAUUGACUCAAUGUUUACUCUGCGUUGAUGUAAAGCAGAAAAAAAUAAAGUUCUGUGUAGAGCAGUAUAAUAAAUGCGAUAUAAACCGGAGUAAAAACUGGAUUAGAGUACAUCAAGUGUCUUGGACACAAGUUUGCAUGAUGCUGUCACUGACAUUUAUUUUAGUGCACAUUUAAUGAGGUGAAAAAGUUGUAUGUUCAUUGAACUCUUUUACCUAGACUUAUGCUACAUGUAUGCAUAUAUGUAUAAUAAAUAGAUUUUUUAAAAUAUAUUUUUAAUCAAUAUUUUGCAAUAAAUACUUUUAAAAUUUCAUUUUUGCUGACUAGGAAAACAUCAAAUUGCCGCACAGGUAAAUUCCGGAAAUAAAAACAAAAUUAUGUCGGAAAUGAAAUUAAAAAAUGUCGGAAAUGAAACCAAAAAAUGUUGGAAAUGCUAUGCAGAUUUCCGGAAGUGAAAUGCAGCGUUUAUUUUUCACAUUUCUUUAAGGGACCCACACACAUCUGAUAUUUAAUACCCAAAUUUCAUCUGUGUUUUCAAACUUUUUUUCAGCUUUAUUUAAUUGUUUAAAAUCAUGUUUUGUGUUGCAUUCAUCUUAGGCUUGAAAAUAUUCUUUUAAAAUGCUUUAUGAUUAAAAUUUAAUUUUAAACAAACAAAAAAUUAUUUAGAGAGAAAAUUUUUUUUUAUUAAAAACCUUUAAAGGUAAAGUAAGACUCAAUAUUUUGAACACUGUUUUGUAUCUUAACUUUGAAAAUAAUGUAAUGUUUAAAUUGGCAAGUGAUUUGAAAGGUCAGGAUGUGAAUUCUUUAAAUGAGCAGGUAAUUUAGAACUUAAUACAUAUUAUCACAACAAUCAAGAUUUUAUUAUUUUUUUUUUUGAUAAUGCAUUUAUAACAUAUUUUGUUUGUUUGUUUGUGUGUGCCAUUUAAAAAAGGAGAUUAAAUUUUAAUGACUUUACCAAGUAAAGUCAUGUAUUUUUUCUUUAAUAUGUUGUUAGUUAAUUAGUGUUUUCUGAUUGGCUUUUUUAUGAUAAGUUUUUAUAUUUUAGAGAGAGUGUGUGUGUGUGGAGGAUGGGGGGUGUUUAGUGAAAGUGAAAGAUUUAGCAGAACUUUUGAACUUUUGAAAAGAUGCUGGUACAUGUACAUGUAAGAACACAGCAUUAAUAACAUUGUAACCUACUCUGUACACCUUUUCUCCAGCUUACAAUACAUUCAAUUUUGAAUGUAGUAUAAUGGAAAGAAAACCCAUGGUUUCUGUUGUUAAUUCAGCAGUAUUAAAUUUGCUAUUUUACCAUGUUCACCCUUUUUUUAAAACCUUUUUGAUAACUCAAUUCUACAAAGGAAAUAAUUAAAGCAAGUUUGUGCUAUUUGGUGUCAGCACACAGUUCUUUUUGCAGUGGGUGUUUUUAUAAGAGAUUUAUUCACAAAUGUGAGCUCAGUUUGUAAGAAAAAGUAUACUACCAUGGGAGUUAGAGUUAACUUACCGUAUGUAUCUUGAUUUUGCCUUGCAGAUUACAUUUGUCAUUGUGAGCUUUGUACUGUUUUGUUACCUUAUGUGCUUUGUUAUUUUUUAUUAGAUUUAUGGAUUUUUACUUCCAUACAUGAAUCUAGAGAGACAGUCAUAGGUACUGGCUAUUCUUUUGUGUACUUAUCGAAAAUAUUUCCUAUAAACUAGAGUACGUCAUGUUUUCCAUUAACUCUUAACAAAUUUUGUCCACAGAGGCCAUUUUUUUUAAUUAAAAGAAUGAUAAUCACUGAA